AUGACGUCCACAGAACUGCCGUUUCAGCUCAGCGACAAGAGCCUCGGGCUGCUCGACUGCGUGGUCGACGGCAAGUCUGUCGGCGCCCGCUCUGGGAAGCGAUUCGACGUUGUCGACCCGGGUUCCGGCAAGGUCUGGGCUACGUGCCCGGAUUGCACUGACGACGACGUCGAUGCUGCCGUGCAGUCGUGCCAUAAGACCUUCCUCGAGUACUCCAAGUGGACGCCGCGGCGGCGGUCCCAGAUCCUGUCGAAAUGGCAUCAUCUCAUCACCGACGCUAAGGAGGACCUUGCUCGGAUCCUUGUCCACGAGACAGGCAAGCCCCUCGCCGAGGCAUACGGCGAAAUCGACUAUGCUCUGACCUUUACCUGGUGGUUCGUCGGCGAGGCUGAGCGAGCUCACGGCAGCUCCAUCGUCUCUGCCAUCCCCGGUCGCCGCGCCAUCACCAUCAAGCAGCCUAUCGGUGUCGCCGCCGCUCUCAUCCCAUGGAACUUCCCGAUCGCACUCUCCCUACGCAAGAUUGCCGCUGCCCUCGCCGCCGGCUGCACUAUGGUCGUCAAGCCCUCGCCCGAAACACCCAUUACAGUUCUUGCUGUUGCGCAGCUCGCUCUGCGCGCCGGCUUCCCACCCGGUGCGCUCAACGUCCUGACAACGAGUCUGGACAACACACCCAAGGUCGCCGAGGCGCUCUGCCUGCAUCCGCUUGUCAAAAAGAUCACAUUCACCGGCAGCACGCGGGUAGGAAAGAUCAUCACCGGGCUGUGCGCCAAGAACUUGAAGAAGUCGACGCUCGAGCUCGGAGGCAAUUGCCCCUUCAUCGUGUUCGACGAUGCCAACCUCGAGCAGACCAUGGGUCAACUCAUGGCACUCAAAUGGCGGCACGCAGGCCAGGCCUGCAUCUCGUCAAACAGGCUGUACGUACAGCGCGGCGUGCACGAUCGAUUCGUCGAGGAGCUCGUGAAGCAAACCUCGAAGCUCAAGGUCGGCCACGGCAUGGCUGAGGGCACGACCAUGGGGCCCGUCACCACGUCGCGAUCGCUCGACAAAGCCGAGGAUAUGGCCAAGGACGCACUGGCCAAGGGCGCGAAGACGGUGCUGGGAAACGGCAAGCGCAUGGACACCGCAAAGAGCAACGGCGGCUACUUCAUGGAGCCAACCGUGAUGACGGGCGUAACCGACGACAUGCUCAUGAGCCAAGACGAGAUCUUUGCGCCGCUGCUUGGUGUGUCCGUGUUCGACAACGAGGACGAGAUCGUGGCGCGGGCAAACAACACGAGCAUGGGCCUCGCGAGCUACGUCUUCACCAAGGACGUCGACCGGCUGUGGAGGAUGUUUGAGAAGCUCGAGGCCGGCAUGAUUGGACUGAACACGGGAAAUAGCUCGUCGUCGGAGGCGCCUUUUGGCGGUAUUAAGGAGAGUGGCGUAGGCAAGGAGAGUGGCAAGGACGUGGCCAUUGACGAAUUCUUGGUAACAAAGAACGGCACGUUGACGGUCGAGGGUCACUGGUGA